GCGCUGGCCAAUGGGCGCGCUCCGUUCCGAAAGUUGCCUUUUAUGGCUCGAGCGGCCGCCGCGCCGCCCUAUAAAACCCGGCGGGGCUCGCAGCGCCGCCACUGCCCGCCCGCCCGCGCCAGACUCGUUCCGCCGCCCUCCGCUCGCAGCUCGCCAUGGAUGACGAUAUCGCCGCGCUCGUGGUCGACAAUGGCUCCGGCAUGUGCAAAGCCGGUUUCGCGGGCGACGACGCGCCCCGGGCCGUCUUCCCCUCCAUCGUCGGGCGCCCCCGGCACCAGGGCGUGAUGGUGGGCAUGGGCCAGAAGGACUCGUAUGUGGGUGACGAGGCCCAGAGCAAGAGGGGCAUCCUGACCCUCAAGUACCCCAUCGAGCACGGCAUCGUCACCAACUGGGACGACAUGGAGAAGAUCUGGCACCACACCUUCUACAACGAGCUGCGCGUGGCCCCCGAGGAGCACCCCGUGCUGCUGACCGAGGCCCCCCUGAACCCCAAGGCCAACCGGGAGAAGAUGACGCAGAUCAUGUUUGAGACCUUCAACACCCCGGCCAUGUACGUGGCCAUCCAGGCGGUGCUGUCUCUGUACGCCUCUGGCCGCACCACCGGCAUCGUCAUGGACUCCGGGGACGGCGUCACCCACACCGUGCCCAUCUACGAGGGCUACGCCCUGCCCCACGCCAUCCUGCGUCUGGACCUGGCUGGCCGGGACCUGACAGACUACCUCAUGAAGAUCCUCACCGAGCGCGGCUACAGCUUCACCACCACGGCCGAGCGGGAGAUCGUGCGUGACAUCAAGGAGAAGCUGUGCUACGUCGCCCUGGACUUCGAGCAGGAGAUGGCCACCGCCGCGUCCUCCUCCUCCCUGGAGAAGAGCUACGAGCUGCCCGACGGCCAGGUCAUCACCAUUGGCAACGAGCGUUUCCGCUGCCCCGAGGCACUCUUCCAGCCCUCCUUCCUGGGAAUGGAGUCCUGCGGCAUCCACGAGACCACCUUCAAUUCCAUCAUGAAGUGCGACGUGGACAUCAGAAAGGACCUGUAUGCCAACACCGUGCUGUCUGGCGGCACCACCAUGUACCCCGGCAUCGCCGAUCGCAUGCAGAAGGAGAUCACCGCCCUGGCGCCUAGCACCAUGAAGAUCAAGAUCAUCGCGCCCCCUGAGCGCAAGUACUCUGUGUGGAUCGGUGGCUCCAUCCUGGCCUCGCUGUCCACCUUCCAGCAGAUGUGGAUCAGCAAGCAGGAGUACGACGAGUCCGGCCCUUCCAUCGUGCACCGCAAGUGCUUCUAAGCGGACUGCUCGGCCUGGCCCGGCCAGCCCGCUGUCUCCACAAAACCUAACUUGCGCAGAAAACCCUACCGAGAUUGAGAUUGGCAUGGCUUUCUUUGUUUUUAUGAUUUUUUUUUUUUGUAUUUUCUUUUAUGAUUUUUUCAUUGUCUUUUUGUUUUGGCGCUUGACUCAGGAUCUAAAAACUGGAACGCUGAAGGUGACACAGUGGUAGGAGCGAGCAGUCCCCCCAGUCUGCGAUGUGGCCGAGGACUGAUUGUACAUUCUUUUUUUUUUUUUUUUUUUUUGAUAGUCAUUCCAAACCUCCUUGCGAUGCAGUUACAGGAAGUCCCUCCUCCUGCCCCCACGUGUCCCCGCAGGGCCAGUGCCCGCCAGUCCGCCCCUGACUGGGCGGUACAGCACUGCUUCUGUGUAAAUUACGGAAUCAAAAAAAUUGUUUUAAAUCUUCGCCUUAAUACUUGUUCUUUUUGUUUUACUUUGGAUGGCCAUCCAGCCCUUUUUGUCCCCCAACUUGAAGAUGUGUGAAGGCUUUGGUCUCCCUGGGGAGGGUGGUGGCGAGGUAGCCAGGGCUAACCUGUACACUGACUUGACCAGUUGAAUAAAGUGCACACACCUUGA